AUGACUGACAAAUUUAAGAAACAAGUGGCUCCUAGGAAGAAAGGGGUUAAUAUGGUCCGCACACCAGAAGUGUUAUCCAGUACCUUUCCUUUCUUCGGUAUAUACAAUUCCAACGUCCUCGCUAUCGAAUUACAAGGCCCCCUUGAUCGCCAAGCCGAUGCAAUAAAUUUAGUUAACAUUUCCGGAUUUGAUGGCAAGAAUAGUACCGCCCAGCAGGAACAAGAUGCAACGGAUGGAGAUUACCCCGAUAUCAAUGGCGGAGUCGGUGGCGAACGCCGUAUACGGAUACCCAGUUGUACGACGCCAGUCACGAUCGAGCACGUGGAGCCAAGAGGAAAGAGUAUGCCAGUUUACCAAGAGACGUCGCCGUCGCGUCAGGCUACAACGACGAGCAUGCAUGGCAAUGCUAGGCGGAGGCGGGUUAUGCGCUCGAUCCCCUUGGGCGCUUGGCCAUAA